AUGAAUGGUGUAAUCGAGUACGAUCAAAAACUAACAUCACUUCCAAGGGUUUUGUUGAUUCAUCAAUUUUCACCGAAGGAAAACUAUUGGAACAUAAUUUUCAUUUUCACGUCCAUAUAUUAUAUUAUAAUAACUGCAAUGUUUCUAAACUCAAUUCCACCGAAGACCGUGAACAUUACUACUAUUGCUAUUUAUUUUAUUCGGUUAGAGUUCUUCGUGGAAGUUUCAGUAAUGUUUUCUUCGUAUUUUUUCCUACAACAAUUGGAGUAUAGAUUCGAAAUGUUAAAUCAUUCAUGGAAAUAUCUUCUACCCGGGUUUCUAUCUACUCCUGGUGAAUUGACACAUUCCAUAACAGAAAUGACGCUGGAUAAACUUCGGUUGUUACACGCUGAACUAUUGAACUUGCUAAGAAUAUUCAGUGAGGGUUACGGACAAAUACUAUUAGGAUACUUUUUAUUCACGUAUAUUGAUAUACUACUUCAUUUGUAUUAUUUAAUUAUUGUUUCUGUAAAAAUAGAAAUAUAUAAUUUUGAUAUUAUCAUCAUAAAUUGUAUAAUAUUUUUUUCCCAACUAAAGAAUAUCAUAUUGAUUUUAUCCAUCAUAAUUGCUGCAUCACGUGUCCAUGACAAGAAACGGAAGAUGAUAUCAAAUUUACGAUUGAUCAGGAUUUCUAAGUUAUCGGCCAACCUUAAAAUACAAGUUAAAUUGUUUAUGAAUCAAAUAACAGUUCUUGAAUCAAGUGAAAUCACAGCUUUUGGAAUUUUCAAUAUAAAUUUAAAACUCGUUAUAUCAAUACUUAUAUUAAUUAUAACCGGUUUAGUUACAAUUAUAGAACUGAAAGGACAUCCAUUAAUGUUGCAAUUAAAGAAUGACAUAUCUAAGUUUUUACAAAAAAUAAGAUUAGGACUGUCUGCUUUAAACAGGUGA